ACUGGAUUUCCCCUCAGAGGUGCCUCAUGGUCCUAGUGCCCUCCGUCCACUUGUGCAAGACCCACCUCCAGCACGCGCAUACACUCACUUGCUUCAGGGAUCUCAGGGAAACUGUGCGUUAUCAAUUCUGUAUUUCAUCAGCUGGCACAGCAAAUGGAAGACGUGUCUGGAGACAGAGGGGUGCUGAAAGAAGUGAUUCGGCCUGGAAAAGGAGGGAAGGUUCCCUGUGAUGCAACAGUAAUAUUGAAGUAUUCCGGUUACUUGGAACAUGCUGACAAACCAUUUGACACAAGUUGCUACAGACGUCACCCUAGAAUGAUGAAGUUAGGACAAGAUAUCACUCUUGCUGGAAUGGAGAUUGGACUGCUGACAAUGCAGCGUGGAGAGUUGUCAAGGUUUCUCUUCUCACCGAAAUAUGCCUACGGCACACUGGGCUGUCCUUCUCUCAUCCCACCGUCAGCCACUGCCCUUUUUGAAAUCGAACUGUUGGACUUCCUAGACACAGCAGAAUCUGAUUUGUUUUAUGCCCUGAGUCCGGAAGUGCAGGCAACAUUUCCUCUGGAUAAGAUUAUCAAAAUUGCUGGAACAGAGAGAGAGUUUGGGAAUUACCUUUUCAAGAGAAACAGAUUCAAUGAUGCUAGAGACAGAUACAAAAGGGCUUCCUCAUUGCUGUCUUGCAAAGCUUCAUGUGAUGAAGAAAGCAAGCUCUUGGAAGCAGCUCAACUGUUUGUAGACUUGAAUUUAUCACUGACCUACCUAAAGUUGGAGCGCCCCUCUCGUGCACUGAAGUGGGGCGAGAAGGCUCUUUCUAUAGAUAACAGGAACACAAAAGCUUUGUUUCGAUGUGGACAGGCAUGUCUGGAGAUGAGGGAGUAUGACAAGGCUCGUAACUUCUUGUUAAAAGCUCAAAGGUUGGAGCCCUUCAAUCCUGAUAUCAACAAUGAAUUGAGGAGAUUAUCAAGCUGUUACCAAGAUUACAUGGAUAAACAGCGGGAGAUGUGCUGCCGAAUGUUUCGUUCUCUGUCCACUCGACACUGAUGGGCUUCUAAGCAUGUUGCACAUUAUGAUGAAGGUAUCUGAAAGGGCUCACUGGUAAAGUAUGGGACGUUGCCUGUCUGCAGGAAAUGCUGAAACAACUACAUGAAGACACCUUUGCAGUGAAUCUGAGCGAUUAUAUUUUAGCGUUCCUUCAAAUUUAAGCAUUUGUUAUUUUUUAAAUCCAUUGUUAUCGUUUAUUCCUAGUUUUCUUGAAUAAUAUAUACCAAAUUCAUCCUUAUAGCUUAAGAUUGCAUUACUUGGUGUAUCCCCUUCUUGUUUUGCACUUAUACCACUCACAGUGGGAUCUUCUUUGUUAGUUAUUUUUGUGCUAGAUUUUGAUCUAAUAUGAGACAUGUCUUUGUUUAUUUUCUAAUGUUCAUUGUGGACAUGUGGCCCAAGUUGCAGCUGCCAAAGCCCCAGCUGUUGCUGCCAGAAGCCAAGGGUACGCAGGAAUUGAGGUGCUUCAGUGAUGUCACUUUCAUGCUAACCCUGCAUGUCACUCACUUUAUCUCAGUAAUGUAUUCAGCUGGAUGGUAACCAAUGGCAAUAUUGUUUUCAUGUGAUUUGGUAUGGUUCGGUUUUCUAACAAAUGCCCUAUGCUCAAAAUAGGGAACCGGUCUUCUAUAAAGCAUUGUUACUGUUUA